GGAGAGCCAAAGCUUGAAUAAAAUCUUCUUUCUGGAUAACAUUUUACGGUUUGGACUGAAGACAUAAGGAGAUAUGAAUCCACUAGUGGAAGCUUUUGCUUUGCUCCUGGGGUUUCUGGGCUGGUUGAUGGUUGGGAUCGCCCUUCCUAAUCGAAACUGGAAAGUCUCAACAGUGGAUGGUAACGUUAUUACUACAUCAACCAUCUAUGAAAACCUAUGGAUGUCCUGUGCAACUGACUCUACGGGAGUUCACAACUGCCGGGAUUUUCCAUCUUUACUCGCUCUAAGUGGUUACAUUCAGGCCUCCCGGGCACUGAUGAUCGCUUCCAUUGUUUUUGGGACAUUUGGCCUCGUGGCUACUCUGGUAGGAAUGCAGUGCUCAAAAAUAGGAGGAGAAAACUACAUCUUGAAGGGAAGGAUUGCUGCGAUUGGAGGAGUAUUCUUCUUACUACAAGGGAUUUGCACCAUGAUUGCGAUAUCUUGGUAUGCGGCCAACAUCACGCAGCAGUUCUUUGACCAGUUUUAUCCAGGGACGAAGUAUGAAAUUGGAGAGGGGCUGUACAUCGGUUGGUCUUCAUCCGUACUUGCCAUUUGUGGAGGGUCAUGCCUCCUUUGUGCUUGCAAAGGCAAAUCAUCCAAUGAAAAAAUACCAUACCCAUACCAGCCUUCUUCCAGAGGACGUGUCCUUUCUACUGUGGCAGCGUCUCAUUCUGUCCCGAGCAACUAUGACAGAAAUGCAUACGUCUGAGAUGUUACUGCGAAGGAGAGAGAAGUGAAGAACUGGAGUCUGUUCACUGGGUUUU